CUCAGCGUCCAAAAUAUAGUAUUACAUCACCCUAAACACGUCACAAUCUACAUACAGCUAUCCCUCGGCAGAUUGCAGUACAUGUCUGAAUGGAAGUUCCUGUUCAUCUGACAAAUUAAGUAGGCCUUGAGAUUUGGGAGGUUUAACAAGGUACAUUGUUCCAUUCGGCGCUACUGCAAUAAUAGCGGCGAAGAAGAAAAAGCGGACGUGACGUCUGAAGUUCUGCCCACCAAAACAACCAGAGUGCAGGCUCUUCUAUUAUGAAAGGUUCUGAGUGAAAUGUUGAAUAACUGUUAUUUUCCUGCCUUUACACAACACCAUGUGGAGAACUGACGGACUUCCGCAGGUCUAGUUUUUCCCAGACGACACUUUGAGAAAGUAUUUUUUAUUGGGAAAAGUUUGAGAAGAGACACAAAGAAAACAUGACGAAGCGGAGUAAAUGUGCACGGGCAGAGGCCGAUACAAAGAAACUGAAGCAGGUGCUAAGGGCAAACAGCAGUGGAACGCAAACAAGAACCAAGAAGAAAGAUGCAGGUAUUGACAUCAAAGAGGAAGAGGAGAAGCUCGAGAGGAAGGUCAAACCCAAACCACGUUCCUCCUCAACACGAGCAGCAAGGAGCACCUCUUCCAACACAUUCACUGAUGUCAAAACCAGUAAAUACUUCCAGUCACCAGUGAAGGAGGAGGAGGCUGACAGUGAAGAUGACUUUGACAUGUUGACCUCCCCUCCACGGCUGGGAACAGUGAAUGCCAAGAAAAGAGAGAAAGAAGAAGAAGAAGAGGAGGAGGAGGAGGACAGUGAGGAAGAUGAGGAUGAUUGGGAAGAAGUAGAAGAGCUGACGGAGCCGCUGGGUCCAGUUGAACCACCAGAACCCGUCCUGCCCUCUCAGUCAGUUGAGAUAGAGAUUGAAACUCCAGAAGUCAGGAAAAAGCAAAAGAGGCAGGCAGAGUUUGAGACGUAUCUAAGGCGGAUGAUGAACCGAUACAAGAAGGACCUGGUGAUCGACACACACAAGGUCCACCUCAUGUGCCUGAUAGCCAGCGGGAUGUUCCGCAACCGUCUGUGCAGUGAACCAGACCUGCUGGCCAUCACUCUGUCACUGCUGCCCGCUCACUUCAGCAUGGUCAGCAAGGAACGCAUCGACCACAACUACCUCUCAGGACUGCUCAAAUGGUUCAGAGCAACAUUCACCCUCAACCCUAGUCUUCCUUGUGAGGAACGUCCGGAGCCCCAAGCUCUGCUGGAGAGACGGCUGGCCAGCCUGUCAGCCCAAAACCACCAAGAAAUGACUCAUCUGUUCCUGUUGGUCCUGAGGUCUCUGGAGCUCUUCUGCCGAUUGGUUCUUUCUUUGCAGCCGAUUCCUCUCAAACUCCCAACAACUAAGGGCAAAGGGACUGCUGCUGCUGCAGGAAAGGACAACACAGGCCAGGAAAACUACAAGACCAGCCCCCCUGAGCCAAAGAUCUCUCCUGGCACCAAGAGACCAGCGGGAGGGGAGAGGACCAAAGGAGACAGAGGGGGAAAGAAAGCAAAGAGGAAAGAAAUAAAGGUAGAGGAGGAUGAGGAGGAAAAGGAAAAGGUUAUUACAUCAGGAGGGCAGAGGCCAAAGAACUCAAAACGCCGCAGUAUUGCCUCAAAAGUCAGUUACAAAGAGGAGAGCAACAGUGAAGGGGAAAACGAGGAGGAGGGGCUUAGCGAUGAGGAGGAAUUCCAGGCUAACAGUGAGGAGGAGGACAGUGCAGAUUCAGAGAGUGAGGCCAAAUCCACAAAGAAGAACAAGAGGAAAGAGAAAAACAAAUCCAAAGUGACCAAAAGCAAGAAUACACAAGCCCCGAAGAGAAGGAGUGGUGGAGGGAAAAAAAUGGUAAAGGAGGAGGACCAGGAGUGGGAGGAAAAAGAGGAAGAUGAAGAACAACGAGAAGGAACGAAGAGCAACGGAACAAAGCGAAGGAGCGGGAAAAUGAAGCAGGGGCCUGGAGCAGACGAGUGGUUGGAGGUCUAUCUGGAAAAAACUUCUUCCUGGGUUUGUGUGGAUGUGGAACACGGUGUCGGGAUGCCUCACCUCUGCUCCCAGAAUGCAACAAAACCGGUGUCAUACGUGGUGUCGGUGGAUGGGGAUGGGUUUGUGAAGGACCUGGGGAAGAAGUAUGACCCCACCUGGAUGACAUCGUCCAGGAAGAGGCGGGUGGACGAUGAAUGGUGGGAGGAAACCCUUGAGCCGUUCGUGGGACCCGAGGACGAAAGGGACAUAAAGGAAGACAAGGAGCUCCAGAACAAGCUGUUGAACAAGCCGCUGCCAGUCUCAGUAGCAGAGUACAAGAACCACCCGCUGUAUGCCUUAAAGAGACACCUGCUGAAAUAUGAAGCUAUCUACCCUCCAACAGCCACUGUGUUGGGAUACUGCAGAGGAGAGCCAGUGUACUCCAGGGACUGUGUGCACACCCUCCAUUCCAGGGACACAUGGCUGAAAGAAGCACGAACUGUUAGACUUGGAGAAGAGCCAUACAAGAUGGUGAAGGGCUUCUCUAAUCGUUCCCGUAAGGCCAGAAUGAUGUCCGAGCUGAAGGAUGAAAAUGACCUGGCUCUGUUUGGAGAAUGGCAGACUGAAGAGUACCAACCACCUAUAGCUGUGGACGGGAAGGUUCCCCGUAACGAAUACGGUAACGUCUACCUGUUCAAGCCCUGCAUGUUACCAGUAGGCUGUGUUCACCUCAGGCUGUCCAACCUGCACCGCGUGGCCAGAAAGCUGAACCUCGAGGCUGCCCCUGCGGUUACAGGCUUCGACUUCCACGGAGGAUACUCGCAUGCUGUGACUGAUGGUUACAUUGUCUGCGAGGAGCAUGAGGAGAUUCUCCGAGCAGCCUGGGUGGAAGACCAAGAGCUGCAGAAACAGAAGGAGAAAGAGAAAAGGGAAAAGAGGGCGACCUCCAACUGGACUCUGCUGGUGAAGGGUCUACUGAUCAGAGAAAAGCUUAAACAGCGCUACAGCAAGAAGAGCCAGGGACUAGGUAGCCUUGCUGAAGGAGAGGAGACCGGUGGGCUUUCGUCCGAUGAGGAGGCAGGUGAAGGUGGGAGUCCUGGAGCUAAGACUGCUUCUGAAACUCUGGCCAUGUCCUGGCCCCAGAACAGACAAGCAGAGGAGGACGAAGGGAGCAUCAGUGGACUGAAGAAGAAGACAAUGUCAAAACGGGAAAAGAGAGGACAAGAGAAACAUUUGUUCCCCUUUGAGAAAGUUUGAUGCUGGAGAUCCAGAACUAUACUGAAGUUUAGUUAAAAAAAGCACUUGGCUGACUUCUCCUGAUAUUUGUUUGGGAAGAUGUUCAUACACCUUGAAAGCAGAACGAAGCAUGCCUUGAGUGGAACAAAUUUGUGAUCAGUUUUUGCAAGUUUGGUCAACGCUGGAACCUUUGGCUGUAACAUUUAUAAACGAGAUGCGAAAUGAAGGAGAGAGCUGUAGUGUGCUGCACUGAUCUGCAGAUUAAUCUGUUUCUUCCAGUGGUGAUGAUGCAUACAUUAAACCUGCUCUGUCUCCAGCAU